GGCUAACAAUAAUGCCCGCUACAUUUAUACGUCAUGACUAGAUAAUACCACACCAGACAAUUUAUCGAUUUCGUAAUACAUAUACAGUAUGUACUCUGCAUAAAUCGAUUCUGAAGAUCAUGUGUGGAUGACCGAUCUCUUGCAGCCAAUGGGUGUGCUUUAUAUAUACCAGCUUUUUCUGUUCUAAAUAUAGUUCAGGGAAGACCUACUAUACAUUAGUAUAAUAACAAGUGUACAAUCGUGUGUGGACCAUUACAGCGAUCGUAACUAUGGGGGCUGCCGGACAAUUCCUCUUGUUAGUAUGGAAGAAUUUCACGGUGUCUCGUCGCAAUUACUGUGCUACAGUUUUCGAGGUGGCGUUGCCAGUCGCCUUUUCCUUGUUGUUACUGAUGCUGCGGUUCCUGGUGACCAGUGUCGACCACACCCAACCCUUCAGGUGGGAUGGUUUCCAAUUGGACGAUUAUACACAACACAAGUAUAUAGACGCAAACGGGAUUUUAUAUUCUCCAAACAACACCUCGGUCAGAAAUGUGAUGAACGAACUGUCGGUUACUCUCGGGCAAAACGUCAACAUUACAGGCUUUCCAACCUCCGCUGUCGCCGUCAGUGAGUACGAACAGAAUCCAAAAGAGGUAUGGGCUGUUAUAGAGUUCGAUGGACAAUUUUCGGGCUCUUCACUGCCUACAGACAUCACAUACAAGCUCCGUGUGGCCACCUCGGGGGAUGACCGUUGGAAAACAGAUCGAACCUAUCAGUUUUUUCAGCAGUUUGGACCAAGGGAACAAUACAGCAAUUAUUCUGGAGAUCCAUUCUACCGGGAGAGAGGUUUUCUUUAUCUUCAGUACGCCAUUGAUAAAGCCAUCAUCGACCAAAAGAGCCCGGGAAACGGCCUAGGAACCAACUAUACAGUGAGUCUCCGAAAGAUGCCCUACCCGCCUUACGUGGAAGAUACACUUCUGGGCGUGCUACGAUCAAGUCUGCCGGUUAUUAUCCUCUUUGCCUUUAUUGUGACAGUGUUCCAGACCACCAAAAAUAUUGUGUACGAAAAGGAGAAAAAACUCAAGGAGACGAUGAAGCUGAUGGGAUUGCAACCAAUCCUGUAUUGGUUGUCAUGGUUCACAAAAGUGUUUAUCUAUAUGCUCAUCGCGUGCUUCUUCUUCACUCUGAUGAUGGCAAUCGACACUGGGGAUACCGGAAGUGUCCUGCCGAAGUCAUCGCCGACCCUCAUCUUCGUUUUCCUCCUCCUCUACACGCUAGCAAUCAUUGCGUUCUGCUUCAUGAUGGCGUCCAUAUUCAGCAAAGCCACUUCCGCUGCCUUCGCCGCCGGCGUCCUGUAUUACCUGUUCUUUGUACCAUCGUACUUCCUGUCCAAUGAUUACGACACUCUGAGUCGGAACGUGAAGCUGGCCACGUGUCUGCUCCAUCCUAUGGCCCUGGUAUGGGGAGUCACUACUAUCACCAUAUACGAGGGUACAGGUGCCGGUGCCCAGUGGACCAACUUCAGCAGUCCCGCCACCACGGACGACAAUUUCUCAUUGGCCUUGGCUAUGGGCAUGCUCUUUCUGGACUCGGUCAUCUGCUUUUUCAUCGCCUUCUACCUUGAUAAUGUCAAACCUGGCGAGUUUGGUGUUCCCAAACCUUGGUACUUCUUGUGUACGAAAACCUACUGGUGCGGAACAGAUAAAACGCAGGAUAUGCUUGAUGUCGCUACCGGUCACGUGAGCGAGGAUAAGUUUGAAGGCGAUCCUGCUGACCUCAACAUUGGCAUUAACAUCAGUCACCUUCGAAAGGUAUUUGGGAGUGGCAAGAAAAGAAAGGCCGCAGUGGUGGAUACUACACUGAACAUGUACGAGGGUCAGAUCACAGCCCUAUUGGGACACAACGGGGCGGGCAAGACCACCACCAUGUCCAUGUUGACAGGAUUUAUACCUCCAACAAAAGGAACAGCCGUUAUUAACGGCUGUGACAUUCGAAAGAACAUAGAGGGGGUCCGGAAGAGCCUUGGCCUUUGUCCGCAGCACAACAUUUUGUUUGAUAAUCUGACUACAGAGGAACAUCUUUGGUUCUUUGCUAAGUUAAAAGGCUGUCCUGGAAACCUUCUGAAGCAGGAGAUAUCUGGAAUGUUGAAGAUGUUAGGGAUGGAGAAAAAGGCGAAUAUUAUGUCAUCCCGAUUGUCCGGUGGUCAGAAAAGGAAACUGUCAUUGGGAAUAGCACUGAUAGCUGAUUCUAAGGUCGUCAUACUGGACGAACCCACCUCAGGAAUGGACCCGGCCGCGCGCAGAGAGACAUGGGAAAUCCUAAGGAAAUACAGGGAAGGCCGGACCAUUCUACUGUCAACUCACUUCAUGGACGAGGCUGACAUUCUAGGCGACCGAAUCGCAAUCAUGGCCGAAGGAGUCAUCAAGUGUUGUGGUACCUCACUGUUCCUUAAGAAAACUUAUGGUGCUGGGUACCAUUUGGUAGUGGUCAAGUCAAAAACCUGCGACGUGAAUCGACUGACUAGCCUAGUAACCAGCCACAUCCCCCGUGCCCUAGUGGAAAGUGACAUCAGCGCGGAGUUAUCCUACGUUCUACCGUUUGAAGAUUCGCCAAAGUUUGAAAAGCUUUUUGAAGACAUCGAAAAGAACGCUUCCUCUCUUGGCAUCAGUAGUUUUGGAACAACUGCUACCACAAUGGAGGAAGUCUUUCUUAAGGUGGGUGAGGAUGGCAGAUCGGAGGACGAAGAUGAGAACGAAACAGGAAAGAAUGGUCACACCAACCACAGCUGUGUGGUAGACAGACAAGCUAUGGUAAUGCAGCCCACCAACGGCGCCGGUCUGUCCACAAAUAUUUACGAGACGUUUAACAAGAAUACCGGUUUAAAGAGAACUUUCCAACAGUUUUACGGAAUGUUCGUGAAGAAAGCCAUCAAUACCUGGAGAAACAAGGUCGUGACCCUAGUACAACUGAUACUUCCUGUUGUAUUCACCGUAUUGGCGUUCCUUUCCAUACAGAAUAGUCCAGGCCAGGGCACCACCACUGCAGAACCGGCUUUGAAACUUGACAUGGCGCCUUUCAAAUCAGAUUCCAUUGUUAUGUAUAAAUCUGGCGAUAAUCUGGAUCCAGAAAUGGUUCAGAUCAAAAACCAUUUUACGAACUUGUUUUCCUCAUACUCCACUGAGGAUGCUAAAGAUUUCAACACCUUGGAAAAGGCGUUUUUAUCGAAGGCGAAUAGCAUUGGCAUUGCCACCUUCAAUCAGCGGUACAUUGUGGCAGGCGACUUCCCGAAUGGUAGUGCACCACUGACGGCCUAUUUCAAUGGGCAACCUUUCCAUUCCUCGGCAGUGGCGCUAUCUUAUAUGAUGAACGCCCUAUUAAGGGGGAUAACCAACUCCAGCAGUGAUUAUAUCACAACAAUUAACCACCCUCUUCCGCCCACUAUCUCCGAUCAGAGCGACAGGGCUAACGUCACGGCUUCCGCCGGGGGAUUUACUGUGGCCCUGCUCGUCUUGUUUGGGAUGGCUUUCCUGUCCACAAGCUUUAUUCUGUUCCCCAUCAAGGAACGAUCCACUGGUGCCAAGCACCUGCAGACUGUAAGUGGCGUAAGUCCCUUUGCCUACUGGCUGUCCAACUACUGCUGGGACUUGCUGAACUACUUGUUUGUUGUUUGUUGUAUAGUGGUGGUAUUUGCGGCGUUCCAGUCGCCAGCUUACGUAGAGGGCGGUCGAAUUGGCCUGGUCAUUCUGGUGUUUUGUAUCUACGGGAUGUGUUGCUUGCCGUUCGUUUAUUUGCUGCACUUCCCGUUCUCCACACCGUCGACUGGUAUGGCGACCAUCACCAUCCUCAAUAUUAUCUCGGGUAUGAUUGCACUGUUGGCGGUGUUUAUCCUUGAGCUACCUGACCUUGGGACCGAGGACGUGGGCAAUGCCCUGCAGUGGGUGUUUACUGCUCUUGUGCCACAUUUCUGUCUGGGGAGGGCUUUGAACGACAUUUACGUUAACUACGAAGUCACUCAGACCUGUGAAGAGUUCCAGUAUCGAACAACAUGCAUGUUAAACAAUCUAGGGCCUUGUUGUUCAGGUUGCACAGCAAAUUGUCUUUUGUUCGAUGAGAGCUACAUGACAUGGGAAUCUCCUGGAAUACUCAAGUAUAUCGUCUUCAUGGUCAUCCAGGCCGUUGUUUUCUUCGUUUUCGUCUUGGUCAUAGAGUAUGGCGUACUUGGACAGCUCAUCUACUGCAUCUGCAGUAAUGGCAGAGCAUCUCAUUCUGACGAGGAACACCUAACGGGCGUGGAAGAGGAUAGCGACGUUAAAAUGGAGAGGGAAAGAAUCUGGAACUCGCCUCUCACCAAACUGAUGGAGAGCGACGCGCUCAUCGUCAAAGGUCUGUCAAAGUCGUACCGUCGGGUGAAGGCCGUUAAUGGGAUCAGUGUGGGUGUUGCCAGUCAGGAAUGUUUUGGGCUGCUAGGACAGAACGGCGCUGGAAAGACCACUACGUUUAAGAUGAUAACUGGGGAUGUGUUCGUUGAUAACGGGAACGCCUACCUGAACAGUUUUGAUGUGAAGCGCCACUUGAAAAAGGUCCAGCAGAAUCUUGGCUACUGUCCGCAAUUUGACGCCCUGAUUGACCAGAUGACCGGCCGAGAGACGCUGACCAUGUACGCCAGACUUCGCGGGGUUCCAGAGAACUGUAUAAGAGACGUAGUGAGCGAUCUGAUGAAUUCAACGAUGCUGACAAAAUACGCUGAUAAAAACUGUGACCAGUACAGUGGUGGUAAUAAAAGGAAGCUAAGCACGGCCAUCGCUCUGAUCGGAGACCCGCCCUUUAUAUUACUUGACGAGCCGACAACAGGAAUGGAUCCUGGUGCUCGGCGCAAACUUUGGAACGUGCUUUCUGAAGUCAGAGCCAGAGGAAGGACUUUGGUGCUGACGUCACACAGUAUGGAGGAAUGCGACGCACUUUGUACCAAGAUUGUUAUCAUGGUCAACGGGAGGUUUGUCUGUCUAGGUAGUCCACAACAUCUAAAGAAUAAGUUUGGACAGGGCUACACGCUCACUGUCAGACUUGGAACGGCAACAAAUGGCAAAUCAGUUUCACGGGAUGACGUCAAAAAUUACGUGAUACAACAUUUCCCUAACACGGAAGUGUUUGAUGAUUUGUACCAGGGCUAUCUAACUUUCCAGAUCCCGGACUCGAAUGUUCCUUUGGCUAAGGUAUUCGGUACGAUGGAAAGGGUGAAAAAUGAUUUCGGAAUCGGGGACUACUCGGUCCAAUCAACAGCUUUGGAACAAGUCUUCCUGGCCUUCACCAGGAACCAGACAUCAGCAGACGACAAGAAAAAACGAAAAUGUUGCUGUUUUUCUUGUUGAAUUAACAGUUGAACCACACACUUUAUUUUCAAAUAUUCAUGAUGUAUGCUAUAUAUAUAGAGUUAGUUCAACAUAAGUUCACUGUUACAUCAGCAACAAACGACAUGGGGAUUGUUUUGCACUAGCUGUGAUAGUUGAGUUCAUGAAUGAACUGGAACAAAUGAAAAGGCGAUUAAACACAGUUGAUAUACAUUUGUACCUGAUCAAAACUGAGGUUCAGGCGGUGCUGACAGAUCUAGGUAAAAAUAAUCCAGUGCACAGAUACAGUGACUUAGAUGUAAUUACUGGCAUAGUUAUAUCUACUAAUGUCACCGUGCAAUGAAGUUGCGAUGCUGUAUACUACGUUGUAAACUGAAGUUUUGAUGAUGAAUACUACGUACCAGUGUUGUAAACUGGAGUUUUUAUGCUGUAUACUACGUACCAGUGUUGUAAACUGGAGUUUUUAUGAUGAAUACUACGUACCAGUGUUGUAAACUGAAGUUUUGAUGCUGUAUACUACGUACCAGUGUUGUAAACUGAAGUUGUGAUGCUGUAUACUACGUACCAGUGUUGUAAACUGGAGUUUUGAUGCUGUAUACUACGUACCAGUGUUGUAAACUGAAGUUUUGAUGCUGUAUACUACGUACCAGUGUUGUAAACUGAAGUUUUAAUGCAGUAAUGUUGUACACUGAAAUAGUAAUGUACCUUUAACCAUAGAUGAUGUAAUAGUGCUGUACACUGACGUAUUGAUGCUGCAUCGUUGUUAUCAUCAUUUCUGUAUUGGCAACAGGAAUGUUAAACGUAUUGUCAUUUAAUUUAAUGCAUUAACACGUUAUAUGAGAUGUCACUUGUAGAUCAGGAUAUCGAUGACGUCAUUAUGUUGGGACUAGCCUAUUGGCUGGUAUAAGCCUGUGAUAUUGUGUUAUAUAUCAGAUCAUUUCAAAGAGUCGGGGUUACGUUUUGUGUUCUAAUCGCGAUAUGUUCGAUGAAUUUUUGUAUGGUACAGUGUGAUACAAGAUAACAAAAACGAUAUUAUUAAGACGAACUUUAACUAAAGAGCAGACAAAGGGGCGUUACUCUUUAUAAAAUAACCCACAGGUUUUGAAGAUUUUAAUGGUUUUUCAUCACGAGAGAGAUUGAUGAUUGAAUCUGUUUGUCAGUAUCACAUUAAAGUCGACCUCAAGAUAACGUUUAUGGAGUAAUCAAAACAAGUUGUUGUUAAUUCACCGUCGUGAUGUUUGUAAUGUUAUGUGACUAACUAUGCUUAAUUGAUUUAUAUUUGUGAAUCUCACUGCAUUGUUGAUAAAUCACCAUUCCCCCGGUUUGUAGGUAGUGUUAAUUCCCGUUACCAUUCCUCCCGGUUCGUAGGUAGUGUUAAUUACCGGUACCAUUCCUCCCGGUUCGUAGGUCACUAGUGUUAAUUACCGGUACCAUUCCUCCCGGUUCGUAGGUCACUAGUGUUAAUUACCGGUACUAUUUCUCUCGAUUCGUAAGUAGUGUUAAUUACCGGUACCAUUCCUCCCGGUUUGUAGGUAGUGUUAAUUACCGGUACUAUUUCUCUCGAUUCGUAAGUAGUGUUAAUUACCGGUAGUGUGACUGGAAUAUUUUCUUUCAAUGUUUAUGUUUUAUUUUACAUUGUACAUGUAAUUUUUCAUUUUCUUUGGUAAAAGCACAGUAUUAUUAAACUGUUAUCUACCAAUCAUGCUAUAUAUAUAGAAUCUUAAGAAAUAUUGUAUUUUUUUAUAUUUAAACUUUACAUACUAUUUUGUCAGUGCUUGCCUUCACACAAAAGAGUUAUUUCACAAAUAAGAUGAAAGUGUGUGAAACUUUUACUGUAUAGUUUUACAUUCCUUUGGACAUGUGACGUCCUUAUCAGUAUGUAAUUAGGUUUCAUUAGCCUCCAUGAUGACAGUCCUUAUGAGCAUUUUACGUAGAAAUUUGCAUAUCGGAAACACAUUAGUAUUUCUAUCCAUAUAGCAAGAUGGAAUCGUUUCAAGAAUCGAUGUCGAAUGUUUUUCCAUUUAGGACUUUAAAACUUUGUAAGUUGAUUUCCCAUACCGUGAAGGAAGGUCUGAGUAAUUGUGGUGUCAAAAGAUAUAGUUACGGAUGCACUAGAACAAUCAUUAACUGUUGUUUUAUAAAUUCGAAAUGGAUUAUAGGAAUUUGGAAAUACAGAGCAUGACUACAAGACAGUUAUGCUCAUUCUGCAAAUAUAAACUUUAUUUAUUUUUACAACAAUUAUGAAACAAGUUAUUUCAACUUAUAUUUAUAUUAAUCACUCUUGUUGGCCUCAGAUGUUAUCGCGCGGGGGUCUUUGUUUGGGUUGAUUUGCACCAGUUUGUUUCAUUUCUAUUAACUGUGAAUUUUACGAGAAAAACUUGAUAACCGGAUUUAUUGAUUCAUUUUGUAAAACUAUAAUUUGAUACAUGUUCUAAAUAUAAACCUGCUUAUUACAGCUUAGAGAAGUUUUUAAUUUCAUUGGCGGCGAGAAUAUUGGACAAAAAAAUAAAAGUUGUGCAUAACAUUGAACUAGAAUUAAUGCGCACAUUUCAUCACUGGCGACAUUUUGGAUUGUAUCUUAGACCAGAUCGAAAUUGUCCUGUUUGUCAAUAUAUAAAUUGCGGUUGCUAGUUGAUUUUGUUUUCCCCCUAGAUAUAAUAACUACAAUGUACAUGCACUACAUUAAUUAAAAGGUAAGAAUGCGUACUGCCGACAUUUGACUACCGAACCGUUAUAAUCUUCGGCUUCUCUCUGGCCAUGGUUUCCUUGGACAGCAAUCGCUGCCUCUGGUUGACAAUAUGUUAAGUAAACUUCUUGCACGUUUAUCAUAUGUAUAUACAUUAUAAUACGACCAUACACAUGGAUUUGCACAUAAGCAGUAACACGCAUUCUAUAGGGCAAAUUAUAAAAAAAAUAUGACAGCUUCUUCGUGGCUGUUUAUAGUCAAUAUGAAUGCCAACUUCACCCAUACACCGUAUAAAGAGCGCUUACUCGAUUGCAUUAGUAUUCAUAUUAGUUUCGAAUGCAAACUAGAAGCAGUGAUUGUACUUAAUCAUUGUAAUAUCAUUUUGAGAUCAUAGAAUUUAUUUAUUUAUGACAUGGAAGCAUAUUGUACAUAUUAAUGAAUUUAUUUACAUUAAUAAAAAUAGCUGACGGAAAGAAGACACGGCGAUAGUUCUAAUCGGGUACCUUUCGAAGUAUGCUGCUAAACGAGUGACUUAUAAAUGGUACUGAGCGAAAUCCUUAUAUGUAUAUCCUUUACUUCUUAUUCUGUCAAAGUGAAAUAAAUAUCUAAUGUAUGAAGGUAAUCUACUUCCAUGUUACGGAUCUUCGUAGAUAGUAAAUACAUUCCAUUAUAAGUUAAUUUCACAUUGUUCACAUUUAUAAAUGAUCAUUAAUCAUUAUUACAUAUAUCGUAUUGUAAGUGCUUUAAUAUGGGAGAUUGCAAUAUUAAUUUCUUGCUGAAGGAACUGAUGUGUCUUGUAUCCAUUGGGAGGCCUUUAAACUCCCCCGUCCAAUAGAACUCUUGUUUCCCUCCUGUUGUUUUCUCCCCCCUCUCAAUACAUCUUAAACGAUCGGAUUUAUAAUAAACUGAAUUUAUCUCUUCUUGCUUUUCAAACCACGCAAAGGAUAACCAUCCAUAGUUUAAACAUAUUUUAUUGUACAAAUAUACAAAUGGAUCGGACAACAAGUUAUUACAACUUAAUAGAGUCCUCACCUCAAUACAUAUUGUAAAAAUAGUGUAUUAUGUUUUUGGGGAAAGGGAAAAGAUAGGUUGAGGAAGGAACUGUGGGCUGGGAGGGGGUGGGGGUGAUGGAGGGAAGGGGUGUUACCUAGAAAAUUAAACUUGUAAACUGAGAAAUUGAUCCGCAUUUGAAUCAAUUAUAAAUUAUACAGAUUUCAUGACAUGCAUCCUGGUAGAGUACUUUCAAAAGAACAGAAUCAAUGUAACAAAUAAAUCAGGCAAAAUAAUGAAAUUCAAUUUCAUAAACACAUAUAGCAACUUA